AUGGACCCGAACCGAGGCAAUGUGCCUGAUGGCCAAUAUGAUGAGGCCUGGGCACACGAUCUUCGGAUCCAGUUUGAGCAACUCUUAAGGGACAGGCGAUUAAACGAGCUCAGCAGCCGAUCUCGCCAGGGCACACCACAGCCUCGAGAGUCGGCCUCGUCUGCGAACCUGCGAGCCUCCGCCGCCCCAGCCUCACCCGGACGCCCAUCAACAUCGCACACUGCUACUCCCCCCGCGUAUGCCUCACUGCGUAACAUCCCAAAGGUACCCACAGCGCCGGCAGCAAAUGACAGGGAAUCUCAGAAGUUUAGAAACCUUCUGGUCACUCUCUCACAGACGCCAACGAAAUUUGAGAACCCCGGGCUCCUCGACGAGGCACUCCAGGUCAUCCCGUUGGAUCGCGUCUAUGGAGAAGCCGAGGAGGAGGCACAGGUCUUGCAGGCACAGGCUGAGAGUAUGGGUGAUGGCCGGAAACCCGAUUGGGGCUACCAAGAUUGUGUAGUCCGAGCACUGCUCAGAUGGUUCAAACGAUCCUUUUUCACCUGGGUGAACAAUCCGGCAUGCCCAGCGUGCCUGUCACCAACAGUAGCCCAAGGCAAGACCGCACCGACACCUGAAGAGAAUGCUUGUGGUGCCCUCAUUGUCGAAUUGUACCGAUGCUCGAACUCUGCCUGCGGGGCUUACGAACGCUUUCCCCGAUACAGCGACGUCUGGCGACUACUUCAAACACGAAGGGGCCGAUGCGGAGAGUGGGCAAACUGCUUCAGCAUGCUCUGCCGUGCCGUAGGUAGCCGCGUCCGCUGGGUAUGGAAUGCCGAAGACCACGUGUGGACAGAAGUCUACUCGGAGCAUCAGAAAAGAUGGGUGCAUGUCGAUGCCUGCGAGGAGGCAUGGGAUAACCCGCGACUCUACUCGGAAGGAUGGGGCAAGAAGAUGUCAUACUGCAUUGCAUUCUCUAUCGACGGCGCCACUGAUGUCACCCGGCGAUAUGUACGGAAGAGCGAAUAUUCCCUCGAGCGGACCCGAUGUCCUGAAGAAGUCCUGCUAUACAUCUUGCAAGAGAUCAAGAACAUCCGAAGAUCGAACAUGGGCAAGGAUGAGCGAUUCCGUCUUGAAAAGGAGGACGCGCGAGAGGACCGCGAAUUGCGCAGCUAUGUCAUCUCUUCCAUCACCCAGGCCGUCACCCAACUCGUGCCUGGCUCCACACCAGUUGGUCCCAGUGCUCCACCACAACCCGCCCGACGAGCACCCUCAUCAUCCGACGACACGAAGACACCCGCCGAAAUGCCCGGGCGACGGAGUGGAAACGCCGAAUGGGUCGCUGCACGCGGCGAAAAUGGAAGGAGAUCACAGUUCCAGCCUCCCCAAGACCCCUCGCGCCGACCUCCUUUCCCUUGA